GUUGAAAUUAAUUUUAGGGCUAAGCUGGAGGGAACAAAACUGGAGGGAAGAGAUUCCUUCUCACAGUUACAGUUGAGGUGGAAGAAGCUACUGCAUUGAUCCAAUUCCGCGCCAAUGAACAGUUCUUCGGAAUCAUCUAAACCAAGGAAACGCCGAAGAGAGGCCGAAAUUGAAGAUGAUGGCGAUGGCAAUGGCAAUGGCAAUUCUGAAAUUGACUCUCUAGAGGAUUGUCUUACAUUUAGCGAUACUUUGGUGGCGCUUCGUAUGAUGCGAGUUCAGUUUCCCAACAUCGGCAAGGUGUCAAUUCAGCCAUUCAUUUUGCAAUCACAGUUGUAUAGUACUUUGAAAGACCGAACAGAAGUAGACAGGGAACUAGAGUGUCUAAAACGAGAAAAAGUAGUGCGUGUAUUCAAACUGAAUACUGGACAAGAUGAUCAUGCAAUAAUGUUUCUGGAUGACUAUCUGAAGCAGAUUGACCAUGUGAUAUCAAGAUUUGAAGAAAGGAUGCAACUUGGCACGGGAAUUUUUCAGUGGUUUAAGACGCAUGUUCUGGAUUGCAAAUUGGAACCUAGUAUUGGACAUCAGGAGCUUUGCACUCUCUUAUCUCUUGGGGGAAAGGUUAAAGAUGAAGAUAUCUCCCUCUUGAUCAACGCUGGACUCCUUAAUCGCCAACUUAUUGAUCCAAACGUGUAUUGGUUUGCAAUUCCAAGUAUUGGUUCAGUACUGAAAGGCAUUUCUCAGGGUAGAAAGGAACUCAUUUCUUUGCUAAAACGUACCAAAUAUAAAGAAAUGAUGAUGACAUCUUUGCAGAAGAAGCGUCUUCGUUUUUCUUCGCUCGAUAUGAGAUUUCACAUACGGGAUUUAAUUGGCUCUGGUUACCUCCGAACUGUGCAAUCACCAACAGGCUUACUUGUUCAGUUAUCGAAAGAUUGAAAGCCAGGGAGGAUUGAAUCAUGUGCUUCUGUUUGCUGUCAUCCCUUCAUGUUUAUUAUCUUGCUCAAAGGUUGAGCUGGUGUUUGCCUGAUAGAAUUGAUGAGUUUGUCUCAGCUGGUUUUUGGUACACACUUCAGGAAUAAGGAAAGAUUUCUGUGGUCUAAUAUUGUUAUGGAUUUCUCUGGAAGCUGUGGAACAGAGAAACCAGAGGGUCUUCGAAGUGUGCGUUCUCAACGAGUUAUGUGAGUGUAUUAUACUCUUUGCAUAUCCCCCGUCUGGUGUUCUCUCUCUAAAUACUUUUAUAAUUAUGAUAUUGUUCAUAUUUCGGCCAAUUGGGAUUCUUUUUUGUAACCCUGUGACUUUGUAGGGAUAUCUCAUCUCCCCUUUUGUACGAUCCUUUCAUCAA